AUGUGCCCCCUCCCUCUCGCGGCCGCCGCAGUCACCGCGCCCCGAACCCCGCUCCGGCUCCUCGGCAGAGGGCUCGCCGCCGCCAUGUCUACCGCCCGGCCACUCAAAUCCGUGGACUACGAAGUGUUCGGGAGAGUGCAGGGUGUUUGCUUCAGGAUGUACACUGAAGAUGAGGCUAGGAAAAUUGGAGUGGUUGGCUGGGUGAAGAAUACGAGCAAAGGCACUGUGACAGGCCAAGUGCAAGGCCCUGAAGAGAAAGUCAAUUCCAUGAAGUCCUGGCUGAGCAAGAUUGGAAGUCCUAGUUCUCGCAUUGACCGCACAAACUUUUCCAAUGAAAAAACCAUCUCUAAACUUGAAUACUCUAAUUUUAGUAUUCGAUACUAA